AUGAAUUUUGACGACUUGAAAGCUCAAGAGGAGCUAAGGCGUGAGAGAGAAGCAGCGGAAAGAAGAUUAGAAUCUUGGGUUUCCGCAGCGAAAAAUGAUAAAUAUUAUAUUAAUUCUUUUCGAAUACAUGGAGCGAAAAAGACUCGAGCCUUGCUUUUCGAAGCUGUAUUAAAUCGUGCAUUAAAGGCGAAAACUCUAGGCGAAGUAAUUCAGUUUACUAACGAAGCGACAUCGAAUUUAGCACGAUUAGAUAUAUUUAAGGAGAUUGAUGUUUUGCUGGAUACUUCUAAUGACCCACUUGCACCACCAGGCGCUCUUGAUGUAGAGAUAGCUGUGGAAGAGAAAAGCCGAUUUUGG